AUGGAGGACCCCUGGCUUUCUAUCAACGAUAGGACUAUGGACCUCGUUUACGCUGCGAAUUGGGUCGGUGCAAGCAAUUUGGGCAGCUACAAUGAAAAUGACUCCAGUUCGAACAAGGUCAAAUUCAAUUCUAUAUCCAGAAGCAAAUCGUGCCGCGACAUCGGGCGCAGUGACAAAGACUGCGACGGAAAAACAGUCGACUUCGAAGACAACGGAUGCGAUCAAGAUGUUCCCAACGAAAACAUUUCUCAACUAGCUAAGUAUCAACAAGACAUAGAGGAGAAAGCUAGGGCGAAUAACAAUCUUAUAAGUCAGAACAAAUUGAAACAUAGUUUUAGUUUUAAAGAUAUGCCAAAUGGAUACAGGCCUUCCACUUUACGGAGGGUGAAGCGAAGGAAUUUCACGGAGUGGGAUAUAGAAGCGUUUGGCUCCAACGAGCGCCACCCGCCCGUUCCCCCACAGAGGAAAGAUUCGCUGAAAUACGCGCAUCGACAGAGAAAGGUUGACUCCAAGAAAUCCUACUAUCCCCCACUACCCGAUCCCGGUCCAGUGCCGCCGGAUCCGUCGUCUGAAUCUUAUUACGAAUACUACUCUCGUGUAAGUCAACAGAACAAUGAUACCGAUAGCGAUAAGAUAAAACUGCAGAGAGAUACAAAAAAAGACCGAAAUGUAAACAACGACGCGAAACAGAACGGCACGGUCCGCGGUUUCGGCAAUACCGGCGACACGAUGUACCAUCUAAUCAACUCUAUGGCAACACUAGACCUGACACCGAUUAAAUCACGGGCGAGUAAGAGGAACCUCGACACAGAUUGCGAAGCGGAAGAUUUGGGCUUGUACAUGCGGCCUAUUAACGAGUCGUUAUCUACGUGCGAUCAACUUCCGGAGCGCACUACGCAACAAGAGAACGAACAGGGCGGUCGCUCAGACGAUGUGAGGCCCAGUUUCCGCUCAAAGUCGAUGCGAGUCAAGAGCGAAGGAAGAACGCCUUUACGCGCCUACCUCGACUCCGCGCAUAUUGACGGUAAUGCGUUCAACGCCGUAACCGUUACCCAACCGAAGAGGAAUCUCUCACCGAGCGAGCAGCUAACUUUGAUGCAGUACGACAUGUUCAAUGGCAAACGAAACCCAACGCCGCCAGUCAACGGACUCCGGGCGGAUCCGGGAACGGACAGUGAACAAUAUCGGACUACGAACGGUGCUUUGAAAGAAAUCAAACGUGAGAAAUACGGGAAGCUUUACAACACUGUGAGGGUGAAAAGUGACGAUCGAUACGAUAGGUAUAACGAAAUCAUGUCAUUCGCUCAGCCGAAGGACCGUAUAAGUGAGGAGCGAGUGACUAGUACCAACGGCGCGUAUCCCAGGAGUGCCAAAAGCUCGUCCAGCGGUUCCGACUCGGAUUUCUCUAUACCGCGUCCUAAGUUAAUUGUGCCUGUCCACACAUACGGGACCAGGAAAAGGAGGACUGGCAACCUUUGUCAGCGCGACAGCAAUGCUACAGAGUCCACGCUUGACGCAGGCGUGUUGCUUGACGUCACACGCUUGGAAGACUCGAGCAAUAAUUCUCCCGCAAAUGAAGAUACAGAGGGCAGAGUCGAGGUGUCGCGCGAGAACAAAUACCUCAGCACCAUGGCGCCGGGUAAGGUGUUCGGGGAGCUCGCCAUAUUGUACAACUGCAAGAGGACUGCAACAAUCAAGGCUGCCACCGACUGCAGGCUGUGGGCUAUCGAGCGGCAAUGCUUCCAGACCAUCAUGAUGCGGACUGGCCUGAUACGCCAAGCUGAGUACACCGACUUCCUUAAGAGCGUUCCAAUAUUCAAAAAUCUGCCUGAAGAUACCCUGAUAAAGAUAUCGGAUGUACUGGAAGAAACACAUUACCAAAACGGCGAUUACAUCAUCAGACAAGGAGCGCGUGGUGAUACCUUCUUCAUCAUCUCUAAGGGACAGGUAAAAGUAACGCAAAAGCAGCCGAACAGCAACGAUGAGAAGUUCAUCAGAACUCUCACAAAGGGGGAUUUCUUCGGAGAAAAGGCUCUGCAGGGCGAUGACUUGCGAACGGCCAACAUAAUUUGCGAUUCACCAGAUGGCACCACGUGUCUGGUCAUCGACCGCGAGACCUUCAACCAGCUGAUCUCGACCCUUGAUGAGAUCCGAACAAAAUACAAGGACGAAGGCGACAGCAGGCAGAGGCUUAACGAGGAGUUUGCGAACUUGCGUCUGUCAGAUCUUCGCAUAAUCGCGACCCUCGGAAUCGGCGGGUUCGGUCGAGUGGAGCUCGUCCAAAUCCAGGGCGACUCCAGCCGCUCGUUCGCCCUGAAGCAGAUGAAGAAGGCGCAGAUCGUUGAGACGAGGCAGCAGCAGCACAUCAUGUCGGAGAAGGAGAUAAUGUCCGAGAUGAACUGCGAGUUCAUAGUGAAACUGUACAAGACCUUCAAAGACCGCAAGUACUUGUAUAUGCUGAUGGAGACGUGCCUCGGCGGCGAGCUUUGGACCAUACUCAGGGAUCGCGGUCAAUUCGACGACGCCACAACCAGGUUCUACACAGCGUGUGUAGUCGAGGCUUUCCACUAUUUACACUCGAGAAACAUUAUUUACAGGGACCUUAAGCCCGAGAACCUGCUGUUGGACUCCAAGGGCUACGUGAAGCUGGUAGACUUCGGGUUCUCCAAGAAACUGCAGGCCAGCCGCAAGACCUGGACCUUCUGCGGCACCCCGGAGUACGUGGCGCCCGAGGUCAUCAUGAACAGGGGACACGACAUCAGCGCGGACUACUGGUCUCUAGGCGUGCUGAUGUUCGAACUGCUGACUGGCUCACCGCCGUUCACGGGCGCCGACCCUAUGAAGACGUACAACAAGAUAUUGAAGGGGAUAGACGCGGUGGAGUUCCCGCGCUGCAUCACCCGCAAUGCCGCCAACCUCAUCAAGAAGCUGUGCAGGGACAACCCGGCGGAGCGGCUGGGAUAUCAGCGCGGAGGCAUCACGGAGAUACAGAAGCAUAAAUGGUUCGACGGCUUCAACUGGGAGGGUCUGGCGCAGCGGACGCUCGAUCCGCCCAUCACGCCCGUGGUGAAGUCGGCGCUCGACACCCACAACUUCGACCAGUACCCGCCCGAUGCGGACGAGCCGCCGCCCGACGACCUCUCCGGCUGGGACGCCACCUUC